CAAGCAUAGAGCUAGCCAGAGAUUGAUUGAUCCUAUUACUAGCUUUGUGUAGGCAACGAUGCCGGUCGACGAGAAGGCCAUCCUCGAGAAGAAGAUCGCUGCCGCCAAGGUGAAGAUGGAGAAGCUGCAGCGCACCACCCGUGAGAUGGAAAUCAAGCUCGUCAUCUGGGACCUCAUGUCCGGCCGUCGCAAGAACCUGGACGACCUGUCCCUAGAUUUUGUUGACGACCUACAGAAGGCCAUCAAGAAGCGCAUCCAGGAGGUCUGGGAACGUAUCCAGGAGAUGCGUUCCAAGGAAUGCUCCAAAGUCCACCUAAGGGGAUCGAUGCAUGUGUAAUUGCGUACUGCUUUGUGGGGAUGCACCCUGCUUGCAUAUCCGCACAUGUAUCAUUUGCUUUCGUUUAAUUUGCUGCAGCAUUGCUUCCCAUCAGUCCUAGUUUGAGUUGAGUCGAUCACACUGUCACCACCAUCAGUUUCUUUUAAAGUUU